AUGUCAUUUUCAAGAUUAAACUCUAGUGAAGAUCCACUUCCAAAAUGCAGUAACACAAAUUCUGCUUCAGAGAAUCCACGUUCAGCUUCUGCCUCAGAGAAUCCACACUCAGCUUCUGCUUCAGAGAAUCCACACUCAGCUUCUGCUUCAGAGAAUCCACACUCAGCUCCUGCUUCAGAGAAUCCACACUCAGCUUCUGCCUCAGAGAAUCCACACUCACCUUCUGCUUCAGAGAAUCCACACUCACCUUCUGCUUCAGAUGAUACAUACUCAUCUGCUUCAGAUAAUCCAAACUCACCUUCAGAUCUAUUCGCAGUUUUUGAUCCAAAGAAUCCACCGAUGUCUAUUGAUGAAAUGGUAGCUAAGUUAAAUCCAAUUUAUGACAUAUCAUCGGAUUCAAAUGAAGAUGCUCCUAAUGUAACGGAAGAACCACAACCAAGAAAAAAAAAUGUACAACGUAGUUUCACUUGCAGUUCUACAGACGUAAUGGAAUUCUUAGCGCUAUUGAAUAAGUAUACUAAUCAACCAGGUGAAAAACCCCAAAAAGUCCUUGUUAGUGAACUAAGAAAAAAAUAUUUUUGGAAACUACGAGAGGUUAGCUGUGAUCCUGAACAGGAACCUUUGGAAGGUAACAGCAGAAUCGAUGAAACCCUUAAACGAAAAUCCUCAUCUGAACUCAUUGAUAAUGAUCCUGAGAACAUGGAAAAGAAAAAACAAUUAUGUGUUCCUCCAGAAAGUACCUGCUCUAAGGAAGACUUGGAAGGUAAGAAGAAUGAUUGA